AAACGUAACGCCUCCAUCGCUCUUCCAUUCCGGAAGUAUAUGUAGAACAGAAGAGUUGUGAAAUGAAGGCAAUAAUUCAGAGGGUAACUCAAGCAAGUGUGACAGUUGGAGAGGAAACAGUCAGUUCAAUCGGGCAAGGGCUGUGUGUCUUGAUUGGGAUUGGCAGAUAUGACACUGCAAAGGAACUGGAAUACAUGGCUAGGAAGAUUUUGAAUAUAAGGCUGUUUGAUGGUGAAGAUGGGAAAAGAUGGAAUAAAAGUGUAAUGGAUAAACAGCUAGAAGUUUUGUGUGUCAGCCAGUUCACACUCUCUGCAGUUCUUAAAGGAAACAAACCUGACUUUCAUGAGGCUAUGGGUCCAGACACAUCCGAGGAAACUUAUCAAGAUUUUCUACAGUUGAUGAGAAAUUCUUAUAAUUCAGACAAAAUUAAAGAUGGUAAAUUUGGAGCUUAUAUGCAAGUCCACAUACAGAAUGAUGGUCCAGUGACGAUACCUCUAGACUCUCCUGACAAUCUCCCCGAUUCUAAAAAAAAGAAAACAGCCAUGGUAGCGCCAUCUGUUCAGUCUCUCUCCAUCAACUCCGGAGAGGGAGACAACUCUGGCUCCUGACAAAUGCAGACUUAGCUAUUCACCUUUAUCCGUCUAUUUAUAGCCAUUGAUCCUUGACAUUUUGUAUCAAAUCAACACCAGUGUGAGGCCAAGAAACUUUUAAUGAAUUAUCAGUAAUUCGUUUGCUUUGAUUUACUGGUACAUGUAUUCGUUUAUUUUUUGUGUAAAGUCUAUGUCAGCAUUUUUUUUAUACUAAGUAUAAUGUGCUAACAUGCUUGAUAUUUGUGACUUUACAAUAAAAUAUGAAUGUUUUAUUCACAA